GGAACGCUGUUCGCCACCGGGGUUUUGCAGCCCCCGCCCAUCCCCGUGCGACCCGCCGGCAGCCGCCGCUCUGCCGCUCCCUCUCGCGGCGGCCGCUCCGAGCGCACCCAGCCCGCAGGAUCCGUCCCGGGGUCCCCUCUCCCCUCCCGGGGGGCAGGAUCCGUCCCGGGGUCCCCUCUCCCCUCCCGCGGGGCAGGAUCCGUCCCCGGGGCUGCUGCGGGGUGCGGGAGAGCGGGGGCUGCCCCGGGAGAGGCAGAGGGAGGAGCGGGGCGGCGGGGAUGCUCCAGCCCGGGGAGGUGAGCCGGUGUCUCUCCCGAGGUGAGAAGGGCACGGCGAGAAGAUGCUGAAGAGUGGUUUGGGGGCAGAGCAGCUCGGCGAGGGCUGGGCUGGGGACACCGCAUCUCUCUGCCGGCUCUUUCCCCCCAACCCUCCUCCUGCGGCUCGGUUUUGUCGGGGGGCAGGAGCUGCGGAAGCGUCGGGUGUCCUGGGAGGGGACAGGGUGGAGCCGCCAGAGGACUCCGCAGCCCCGGGGAGGGCCGGGCCGCUCCUCAGAGAAGGGCAGAGACGGAGCGGCACAGCCCGGGGGGUGAGCGCCGGCGGGGGAGAGCCCUAGCGGGGACACGGCUGCCGCUCGCAGGGGAUCUGCCACCCACCCUCUGUGCCACCAGGCUCUAUGUGGGACGGACCCGGCCAUGGAGAAGUUGUACUUCGCAGGGAGCAGUGUAUGGACGAUCAACAGCUCUCUGGGGAACGGGACCCUCCGCCUGGAGAACCAGACGUCUGGGAGGAACAGCACCGCAGACCCGCUGAAGAGGAAUGAGGACGUGGCCAAGGUGGAGGUGACCAUCCUCUGCCUCAUCCUGUUCCUCGCCCUGACUGGCAACCUGUGUGUGCUGCUGGCCAUCCACACCACUCGGCAGAAGCACUCUCGCAUGUACUUCUUCAUGAAGCACUUGAGCAUUGCUGACUUGGUCGUUGCCAUCUUCCAGGUGCUGCCCCAGCUCAUCUGGGACAUCACCUUCAGGUUUUAUGGGCCAGAUUUCCUUUGCCGGUUGAUCAAGUACUUGCAGGUAGUGGGGAUGUUUGCUUCCACCUACAUGCUCUUACUGAUGUCCCUGGACCGGUGCUUGGCCAUCUGUCAGCCGCUGAGGUCUCUGCAUAGGAGAGCCGACCGAGCCUCUGUCCUCAUCACCUGGCUGCUGUGCCUGCUGGUCAGCAUCCCUCAGAUCCACAUAUUUUCUCUGAGGGAUGUGGGGAAUGGGGUUUAUGACUGUUGGGCAGAUUUCAUCCAGCCCUGGGGACCUAAAGCCUAUGUCACUUGGAUAACCCUCAUGGUCUACAUCAUCCCUGUAUUGAUGCUGAGCAUCUGCUAUGGCUUAAUCAGCUUCAAAAUUUGGCAGAACGUGAAGCUUAAGACGGCUCACGGGCUCACUAUGGGUCUGAGCUCCAGCUCCUGCAGCGGCAUGGCGUUUGCCAGGGUCAGCAACACCAAGCUCAUCUCCAAAGCCAAGAUCCGGACAGUCAAAAUGACCUUCAUCAUAGUGUUAGCUUUCAUAGUGUGCUGGACUCCCUUUUUCUUUGUGCAGAUGUGGUCUGUGUGGGACAUGAAUGCUCCGCGGGAAGCCUCCCCCUUCAUCAUUGCCAUGCUCCUGGCCAGCCUCAACAGCUGCUGCAACCCCUGGAUCUACAUGCUGUACACAGGGCACCUCUUCCAUGACCUGAUGCGGCGCUUCCUCUGCUGCUCCACACGGUACCUGAAGUCACAGCCAGCAUGCGAACUGAGCGUCGGCAAGAAGAGCAACUCCUCCUCCUUCAUCCUCAGCUGCAAGAGCACGAGCCAGAGGAGCUUCAUGCAUCCAUCGAUGAUGUGACGGCAUCACUAGCCAGGACCUCAUGCUGCCACCGUACUGCCUCCAGCGCUUCCCUGUGAAAAGCUGAGAUUCGGACAAGCAAGGGAGUUUCUGUAUAAAUAAGUGUAUAUAUGUCUGUGCGUGUGUAAGCAUGUACAGUUGUCAUUAUUUAACCGAGGUGGGGGUAGGGGAGGACUUCUGUGGUCUGGUCCAAGUUUCAGUGCUGUCUGGGACUGAAUGCCAGGAACCUGCUUCUGAGCCCUCAACCCACUGACGUUGGGGACUUCAAGAUACCACUGGCAGGGGUAGGUUUUGCCCAGAAUGACCCUGCGCUGCUGGGACAGGUGCACAGGUGUCCCUGUUGGAUGCACGGGGUGAUCGGUGCCACCCUGGGCACGCAGGUGUCAGGCACUGGCCCCACCUCGUGCUGCAGCAGGAAUCGCUCAGUGCCCAGAUGGAGCAGGGCCAUGGGCACUGCGCUUCCAACAUGGGCACGCUCGCUUUGCUUGAAGAGGCAGCCCGAUCCCUGCAUCCCUGCUUGGUGCCAUCACUGUUUCCCUGAGUCCGUGGUGGUGGCACUAUAGGACAGAGCAGGGCAGUCCCGGGAGCGGGGCAGUCAGGAUAGGAUUGGGGACAAGCUUUGUGGGCAACAACAUGAACUCCAGGGUGUCCUUACUCCUCCCCAGCUCUGCUCUUUGUGCUGUGUGGGGCUGCACACAUGGGUCAGCAGGAGGCAGGGGAAUCGGCAUGACUGCAGGGUCAGGGGAUCUGUGCAAUAACACGUUUGCUGAGUGUGCUCAAAAGCUUCUCCAAAGGCAGGCGUGUAGGAUUAUAGCUGGACUCCGUGGGGUUUAAUGGAAAAACUCCUGCUGAGUUCUCCCAAGGCUAAGCUUUUGCUUUGGGUUUACUGCAGAUAGCGUUUAGUCUUUUACACCAAUGCAAUUUUCUUGCUCUGUAAUGCACAAGGUCAUGCUUAUGGCAUGGAUUUUUUUUAUUGUUAAGAAAUACCUGUAAAUAAAGUUUUCUGACUGUGUCUUGAUGGAAAGCGGGAAGGGAAGUGUAGAAGGAGCACUAGAUUUAAAAAAACCACAAAGGAAACUGAUGGGAAACAACGCUUAAACAUAAGACCCAAGUAUACUCAGUGUAAUGAUGCUUUUGUUUAUAAAGUACCACACCAAGCACUUAAGAUCUGUACACCACUGUGUUCCAUAGUAUGAAGCCAGCUGUGACACAGCCACACACAGCUGGAGUGAAGUGCAGCUCUGGCUGAAGGUGAUGGAAGAUUUCCCGUGAAUUUGGUGGCAGUGGGAUCCAGCGACUGCAGACGGAUGCUCCUGCCUUUGCUCAUGCAGCCUCCCAGAUCUGUGGCAAGCAAGGCAUGCAUGGAGCCGAAGGGUAAGGUCUUGGGAAUGAAUAUGAAAAAUGCAUUUAAAUGUGUACUUAAUUUUUUCACUGUCAUCAACAGGUACAUUUUCACAUUUCAUGUCCUGGCAUUCCUUUGAUUUUUUCCUAGCGGCUUCAAGUGAGCUCUUAGCACAUUUGUUGAAUACAAUCCAGCAGACUCUCACUCUCAGCGUAUUUUACCAGACUGGAUUAAAUCCUUAGGAUAGGAUAGGAUAUAGGAUUUUCAUUCUAUGUUCACCUUCUUUCUCCUUGAGAGCAAUUAGCUCCUUCACAAAAUAUGGAGAGUGUGUGGGUCUGUGCGUGUGUGUGUGUCCCAUUUUACCAUGAGCCUUGAGGUCUGGUACAUCCUCUGUCUGCCAGGAAGGAAACACAAUGUAGUGAUAGAUUUUACCAGGACUAAUGGACAGAGUAAGGAGGCAGCUUUGGGAGAGGCAGGACAUUGCCUUGCAAACCCUGGUUGCAAUUCCUAGCUGUGGUUAUGGGUGAGAGAGGCAGGGCCGUGCCCCUAUGCAUGGGGACACUGCAGCCAAGUGAUGCUGUAGCCCAAGACCAAGUUCCUGCGCUGUCCCCAGGCUGUGGCAAAACAGGGAUGGGGAGAGGAGCUCCAGGUUUGUUGCAGUGGAAGGGUAUUGAAUACACUGCCGAAGGCUCAAAAGCAAAAUAGAGGUGGUGAUACUGAGCAGGGUGUUCCAGGUGCAGGGAAUCC